UACGAAUGAAAUCCAACCUGAACCCGAUUCCUGAGAACACCAAGACUUUGCAUGAUAUUUUGCCCAAAAAUAUAUCAGAGUCUCGGCAGCAGUCGAAAGUGCUUGAAAUGGAGAAAAUUGAUAAGGAACUUGAAAAAUUAAACAAUGUCAAGUACCAAGAAGAUGAUGAAGAUGAUCGUGAUCAGACCAUUGAGAAGCUUAAAGAAGUCAACGAGAUCCUUCGAAACAAAGUAAAGGAUCUUGAAAGCGUUGUUGAACAAACUAUCGAAAAGACUAUAAAUCAAGAGAAAUAAUAAGAUAAACGGACAAAGAUACAAUACUUACUUCCUUUCCUCUUGGAAGAAGGAGAAUCCUGAACUGAAGAAACUUUAUAAGGAACUUCAGACCCUCAACAACAAAGCUGAGGUACUUAAGAAGAAAUCCAGAGAGGCCUCUAGUUCCACUAAAGAUACUAUUAUUGAUAAUGAGAGGAAGAACAAGGAACUUCAGAGGGACAUUGAGAUCUUACAGAGGCUCAAAGCUAAAAAGAACUUGAAGCUCAAACGGCUUAAAAAUGAGACAGAAUAUGAAGAAAAGCGUACAAAAAUGGGAGAAUUACUUCAUAAUAAGAAAGAGGAGCUCAGAGCUGUUCAAAAAGAGUUGCUAGAAACCCAAAGAAAUACGCAAGACAAUCAUAAAUACCUAGUAGAUACACUAGAAGAAAAUGCUACACUGAAAUCGAAGAUUAAAGGAAAGCCAGUAACUUCCUCUGGGUCUAAGCUAACCGAAAUGCAGGAAAGGCUUGAAAAAUUAAAGAAACUACUAGAAAACGAAGAGAACAGAUCUAAACAGCUUGAGAAAAAGCCUGACGAAACCAACAAGCAUAAGCAAAGACUUACAGAAGAAAUAGUAAAGAAGAAUAAACUCAACCAAGAACUUGAAAUGAAAAUAAAAGAGCAGAAUAAAGUAAUCAAGCAGAAUAUCAGAAAAGCAAGAGCUGAAGAGAUGAAAGAGAAGGAAGAACUUGAGAAGAAGAUGGCUGAAGAGCAGGAGCUUCGUAGACAAGCUCUUGAACAAAAAUUAAACGAGAGAAGUCCUCAGAGAAAGCAAGAGUCUCCAAAAGAGACUAAGAAUACCAAGAAAGCUCAGAAGACAUCGCCUAAGCCUAAGGUUACGAAGAAAGUCCCUAAGUCUGACAAGAAAGAAGCAGAGGAAGAGAAGAAGGAUGAUAAGAAGAAUGAGGAGAAGGAAGAGAACAAAAAAGAGAAAAAAAUUACCAAGAAGGUUACUCUACCUCCUACAGAUGAGAAAAAGGAUCCUCCAGAGGAGAAGGAGACUAGUGAUGAUAAAAAAGAGGACAAGAAGGUCACAGAAGGAACCUCCCCUAUGCCCAAGAAGAAAAAGAAGAAGGCCAAGUAGGAACGGACUUCAGUGCAUUUUCAAUAUUGA